CCCAUUUUACAAAAUAACUCCAAAAUGUUGCAACAUAACAUUCUUUGCUUGAUCCUUUUAAUUGUCACCCUUUUUGUUGCUACCCAAUCAUCUCCUCUUGCCCCAGCUCUUUAUAUCUUCGGAGACUCUUUGGUCGAUAAUGGCAAUAAUAAUAUGUUGCUUACUCUGGCUAAGGCUGAUUACGACCCUUAUAGUAUCAACUUUCCUGGCCAAGUUUCCCGAGGAAGAUUUACUGAUGGCAGAACAGUUGCAGAUUUUAUAGCGGAAUAUAUUGGUUUAUCUUAUCCGGCGCCAUAUGCAAGUCUUCCCAGAUAUAAUUCAACGAUGGGAUACAAUUACGCAUCAGCAGCAUGCGGCAUUCUACCAGAGUCCGGAGCCCACUUUGGGAGAUGCUUUCCCAUGGAUGAACAAAUUGAGAUGUUCCGAAGCACAAUAGAGUCUCAAUUGACUCCAAGCUUCAAAGAUCCAGGACAGCUUUCCCACCACUUGUCCAAGUCUGUGUUUGUUGUGUGCGUAGGCAGCAAUGAUUAUCUCCAAAACUAUUUUCAGCUUUAUCCUUCAAGCCAACUAUAUGAUCCCGUCCAAUUCGCUCAGCUCCUGACCGAUAAAUUAUCUCGACAAAUAAAGAGUUUGUACGAAUUAGGUGCUAGGAAAGUACUGGUAAUGGAGAUCGGUCCACUUGGUUGUAUUCCAACCGUAGCAAGACAUCCAAGACGUUUGCUUAAACUUGGAGGGCACAAGAAUGAAAAGUGUGACGAAGAUGCAAGUAACAGUGCAUCCGCCUUUAACAAGCAACUGCCUUUUAUGAUCCAGAAGUUGACCUCCAUACUCCCAGACUCGCUCUUCACCAUUGGGUCUGUUUAUCAGAUUAGUCAUGAUGCUAUCAUGCAUCCUGCUAAAUAUGGGUUCAGUGACAGUAGCAACCCGUGUUGCACGACUCUGUUGAAUGGCAUGUUCUUAUGUGUUCGGUACCAAGCAGCCUGUCCAGACUCUAGUAAACAUAUCUUUUGGGACGGCUAUCAUCCUACAGAAAAUGCGUUUUCUAAGUUGGUAACUCAAUGGAUCGAGGACUCUUCAACUUGUUUUCCAAUUGGUUUCAAGCAGUUUAUUGAAGCCUAAAUAAAAUUUGCUCAAUUAGACCACCCAGACAUAUAUUAUUGUAUUUGGGUCGAGAAUAUCAUCAAUUGAAAUAUGGAAAUACUGCAUAACUGAUGUUUAUUGAAUAUAUAUUUUUUGGAUGCAAA